AUGUUGCCACUGGGGGCGGUGGUGGUCGGGGCGUCCGCCGGCUACGCAUUCGCGCGCUACGGGGGCUGCGACGGGGAUCCGCUGACCUUGUUCAGCGUCGAGAACGUGCUGCACUGCCAGAAGGUGAGCGAUUUUCUGAUCUCCCUGGCCUACUUCUCUAUCCCGCUCGAGCUCUUCUACUUCGUCACCUGCGCCGCCAUCUUCCCCUUCCGAUGGAUCUUCGUCCAGUUCGGCGCCUUCAUCGUCCUGUGCGGCCUCACCCACUUGGCCACCGUCUUCACCUACGCUCCCCACUCCUUCCUCCUCAUGCUCGUCCUCACCGUCCUCAAGUUCCUCACCGCCCUCGUCUCCGUCGCCACUGCCAUCACACUCCUCCCCCUCAUCCCCCAGAUCCUCCGAGUCCUCGUCCGGGAGGGCCUCCUCCGCAAGAAAACCCGCGACAUGGAUCGAGAGGUAGGGCUCAUGAAGCGCCAGGAGGAGGCGAGCUGGCACGCCCACGAGAUCGUCCGAGAAAUUCGCCGCUCCCUCGAUCGCCGCACCAUCAUCGACACCACCAUGGUCGAACUCGCCAAGGUCCUCCUCCUGCAAAGCUGUGCCGUCUGGAUGCCAGCGGGUCCCUCCAACCCCAGGAAGAUGAUCCUGAGGCACGGGAUGAAGCCCCACCGCCGUGGCCGCCCCGUACUCAUGGCGGCGGCGGUGGCGGGGGCCGCUGCCGCUUCAGUUCCAGUGGAUGACCGGGAAGUCGCGGAGAUAGUCGACGAGAGUGGGAUCGUCUUCCUCGGGCCCUCCUCCAAGCUUCUCUGCAAGGAGGAUGGACCCUUUGGGCCUGCGGUGGCCAUCCGGAUAGCCACCCGGAGGGCGUCGAAUUCGCGCAGAGAUCGAAGAGGGAACUCGUCGGAGCACAAGGAAGAGGAGCCCGAUUAUGCAAUCCUCGUCUUGGCGCUCCCUGCCAACGAAGAGAGGGCGUGGAUGGCACAAGAGCUCGAGAUCAUCGAGGUGGUUGCUGAUCAGGUCUCUGUGGCCCUCUCUCACUGUGCCGCGUUCGAGGAGACGCUGACGAUGAGGGAGAAGCUGCAGGAGAGGAAUACGAUGCUCAAGCGUGCCCAGCAGGAAGCCAUCAAGGCCAACGACGCUCGGAUGCUCUUCCGCAGUGUGAUGACCGGGGAGAUGAUGGGGCCUGUUCGAGCUGUGGCCGCCGUCCUCUCCUCUUUACAGCUGGAGAAACUGAAACCAGAGCAGCUGGCCAUGGUGAAAGGGGGGCUUGUUCUGUCCUCCCUCAUCCAGGACACCGCCGAUGUCUCUGCAUUCGAGGAGAACAAGCUGGAGGUCAGUCUGAGGCCUUUCGCUCUGCGGCCGGCUCUGGAAGAGGCGGUGAUGAUGGCAAAGCUUCUUUGCUGCUGCCGAGGUGUCCCAUUCCACUGCACCGUAUCCGGGAAGAUACCCGUCGGCGUGGUGGGAGACGAGAGGCACAUCCUCGAGGCGGUUCUGUUCAUGGUCGCCCACCUGCUUGGCUCCGGCGACCAGGGGCCUGUAACUCUUCGUAUAUACGUGGAAGAGGGCUCGCAGGGGGCGUGGAAGCAGGGCCGCUACGAUGACCUCGUGAAGCUUGGAUUUGAGGCCAGGAAAGCCCUUGUCCUCGGAAGAGAGGAUCCUGCGACUUCCGAGUCUCCUGGCUAUGGCGAACACAGCAGCCACACACACGGCAUGACAGUCUGCGAGCAGCUCGCGCGGGUGAGUUCCCGAUCCUAGAAAAAAUAAAGUUUUCCGCUCCGAAAGUAUUUGCGUAUUUGAUUCGCCCGGUCAUCUUCACCUCUGCGUGCAGCUCAUGAACGGGAACCUGUCUGUCGGAGCAGCGUCCCAGAGCCUGGGGAAGGAGAUGGCCUUGGUGGUGAAGUUGCAGAGGAAGCGAUCCCAGGAGGGGAAGCUCCGGCCAAAGGCUCCUCCCGGCGGCGAGCUCAGCGAGAGCACCCGCGCCAUGCUCGAAGGGAUGAGCAUCCUCCUGGUGGACGGCGACACCGUGAAUCGGUCCGCCUCGCGGCGGGUCUUUGAGCGGCUCGGCUGCCGCCUGACGACGGCCUCCUCCUGGUUCGAGUGCUCCGAGCUCCUGUACCUGCGGGGGAGCAGGUUUCAUCUGCUGCUCAUCGACGCUGCCGUUCUCAGCAAGGAGGGGUCCGACAUGUCCGCCCAGCUGGGCCAGCUCUGCUCCGAGGGCAGGCUCAUCGCCAUCGCCCUCGUGCCCAAGGGCGAGAACGAUCCCCCGGAGUGGUGGAUGGCCACCGGCGUGCAAGGAGCCAUAGCAAAGCCCGUCGUCCUCCAAGAAAUGGCCCUUGAAUUGGGGAGGAUCACCCAGCGGCUUCACCCUCCUUCGGCUCUGCCGUGA